GUCCCACUCACCCAAUCUCCUGUAUAGCACCUUGACUAAUGCCUUUCGCAGAAAACACCUCUCUGGGAAACAGGAAGGUGGAUGAAGUGAACCUCCUUCCAAAACUGGUUACAGAUGAGAGAGAGAAACAAAUGGGUUCUUGGAAAAGUCCCCCUUUCUGACAUACUCAGCCCAUAUGAGCCUGUAAUAAAUAAGAAAAACAUAGCUGCAAGACUGCAGAUGGUUCAGCUGCACAUCAGAAGGACAGGUGUGUCUCUACACCAUACCAUGUUGUUAUCCUCCUUUUUUUACACUUAUUUUAAUUUUUAAUCCUUUUGCAAACACCUUAGUGUGAACUUUUGCCAGGUCAAAUGUUGACUGUUGGCAACAAGUGGACCAGAGGACGUCCCAGCAGUGCCACAAAUCUCCUCCCUUCACACCUGCAGGAAGGAACCAGAGAAGAAAAAUCUUGCUGAACAGCAAGAAUCUUUCAUGCAGGGAGGGCAGGGCAUGGCCUGAAGGCAGAGCCAUGAUAAAAGCCUCCCCACAGGACUCCAGCCACUAGUGCAGAGAGUGACUGCCACCCUUGGCACCUCCCUGCCGCUAUCCAGCUCCUCAGCAUCUGGCACAGGACACAAAUUCACCUCUGCUCCUCACUCUCCAGCAACGGUCCCGCACCAGGACCCCCUCCGCGCUCCCUGCCUCUCGCUUGACCUGUGCCUCCGACCCCGCGGCUGGGCCAUUUCACAACACAGAGCUUUGGCCAGACGCGCAGCACCCUUCCUCCAGCCUGCUGCAGCGACAGCAAAGCCCUGCUGAGACCACAUGGCCACUUCUGGAAAAGUUAUCAGAUGCAGAGCUGCUGUCAUCUGGGCCGCGGGCAAGCCAUUCUCUCUUGAGGAGGUGGAGGUUGCACCUCCAAAGGCAGGUGAAGUCCGUAUCAAGAUCGUGGCUACGGGCAUCUGUCACACGGAUUACCACGUUUUGAAAGGUACCUUUCCUGGUGCGAAGUUCCCAGUCAUCCCAGGCCACGAAGGAGCUGGGAUUGUGGAAAGCGUUGGAGAAGGCGUGACCUCCAUGAAACCAGGAGACAAAGUCAUCCCCUUUGCCGUACCACAUUGUGGGGAAUGCAGCUUCUGCCUGAAUCCUGAAUCCAACUACUGCCUGAGGGGACACUUCACACAAUCCCAAAACCUACUGCCUGACAAGACCAGCCGUUUCACUUGCAAAGGGAAGCAGAUCCACCACUUCUUUUGGACCAGCACCUUUGCAGAAUACACCGUGGUCCCAGAGUAUGCUGUUGCCAAGAUAGACGCUGCUGCACCUCUGGACAAAGUCUUCUUGUUCGGUUGUGGCUUUUCUACAGGCUACGGGGCUGCCAUCAACACCGCCAAGGUAAAACCAGGCUCCACGUGCGCUGUCUUUGGCCUCGGAGGAGUCGGCCUCUCUGUUAUCAUAGGCUGCAAGGCAGCUGGAGCUUCCCGCAUCUUCGCCAUCGAUAUCAACAAGGACAAGUUUGCCAAGGCCAAGGAGCUGGGUGCCACCGAAUGCAUCAGUCCUCAGGACUUCAACAAGCCCAUCCAGGAGGUGAUCACUGAGAUGACCGGAUAUGGUGUGGACUAUUCCUUUGAGGCCAUUGGGCUUCCAGAUACUAUGAUUGCUGCCCUGGCCUCCUGCAACAUGAACACUGGUGUCUGCGUGAUGAUUGGGCAGCCGCCUGCUGAUUCAGUACUUUCCCUUGAUCCUAUGCUUCUGCUGACUGGGCGUACCUGGAAGGGGACUCUGCUUGGAGGUUGGAGGAUGAAAGAUUCUAUCCCCAAAUUAGUUUCCAGCUAUUUGGAGAAGAAAAUCAACUCAGACUUGUUGAUCACGCACACGCUGCCGAUUGCUAAAGUGAAUGAGGGAUUUGAGUUGUUACGAGCAGGAAAAAGUAUUCGCAGCGUCCUGCUCUUUUGAAGGACACAGCCACACGACAUCCAGCAGAGGAACCAGCACAGCAGACACUCUCCUGACACAGACCCUUCUCGCCCAGCAUCUCCCUUUGUCAGGGGCAAGGAGACGAGCACGACGAACUCGGUGACGCCGCUGCCUCUUGACAACGCUUCCACGCCCGGCCAAGACCCCGAAGUACGCCUCUUUGAACCAAAAGCUUUUGCCAAUAAAAAGU